AUGGGUAAGAAAGGAAAGGGAAAAAACCGGAAAGGUAACCAGAAACACCAGCAUCUCAAGCGGUUAGAGGAAGAAGCAGUAUUUGGAAGCACUUCCUAUCAUGUGUGCAAUGAAUCCGAUCAGGAAACUUCCGAUGAAGGUAAUUCACGAUACUCGGCUAAAGCUGUAAAUUGUGAAGCGUGCCUGAAACCGAAGGAUGAACGUCGUCAUCCUUAUAAACCAGAUGUUAAAGAAAUUGUGGAUCUUUUCCGUAAGAAAAGACCAACAGUAGGAAAUAUUCAACGUGCUUUGCAACUUCUCAAUGAACUUGUCGACAAUUUUGAAUCACCAAUUGAUGAGAUACAUCGUCAAGGACUAGAUGUAAUGUUAGUUCAGGGGAUUCAAUAUCAGAAUCCUACCAUCCAGUAUUAUGCGUUACAUGCUCUGUCAAUAAUUGUUAUAUAUAUGGAUGAAGCGCAAGUGAAAAGUUUGAUACCACAAGGACUGUUGACAGGUCUUACAGCUACACUGCAAAGUGACAUGCUUUUCAUCGUUCAGGAGGCAAUUGAAGUGUGCUCGUCUAUUAUUAUCAAAAGUGCUGCUAUGCGCGAUGUUAUUGCAGCAUGUGGAUCAUUGCACGUAGGCGAAUUGUUGUCGAAAUACUAUCAAACGAUUUCCACGAAAUUUGCGCGUGUUGUUGCAAUCUUUCUGCGAGACUUGUGUUGCAGUAAGCCAGUCCCAGAAUUCGUCCUAAAACGCGUCGCUAGUAGUGCUCGUUAUCUUCUGCGACAUGAGGAAAACGAGAUUCGCGUAUCUGCUUUGGGUGCUAUAUUUGAAGUGGUUCUUAACAAAGAUUUUACACUCACUUUUGAAGACGAUUAUGUGGAGCUCGUUUUGAGAUUUCUCGAUAGUUCACGAUAUAAUGAAGCAAUCGUUAAAGCAGGAUUUAUUAGAAAAAUCUUAUCUAUUCUUGUGCGAAAUUCGGCUCCUAAAUUUGGUCACGAUGCUUGUUUGAUCUUAACAAGUCUUCUAUCUAAUAAGAAGUACAUAGAACCCGUGCUGGAAUCAGGACUUGUGCUGCUGCUUCUUGGACUUAUGGAUCGGGCAAGUUAUUGUAAUCGAAUAUUUUGGAAAAAGGGUACUAAAUCUUACAAGAGGGAAGCUUGCAGAGCACUAACAUGCAUGUGUGACAAUAUUGACCAAAAGAAUGCCAGAAGAUUAGCUGAUCCAGCAUACCUUGAAAAAAUGUGCAGCGUUCUCACAAGCGAAAAUAAUGACUAUGUAAUAUGCUCUCUUGCGCUUCUGAAUUGCAUGUUUAAAGCAUGUUCAAAAGAAAGAGCUAAGAGGCGGUUUAAGUUGGCAACGAAUUAUGUUAGAGAAUCGGAAGCCUUUGAAUAUAUUACAGAAUAUAUUAACAGCCAGACUUGCAAAAUACGAAGUUUGGCUGAUAGGAUAUAUAGCGGAUAUCUGAUUAACAUUCAGUUGAGUGAUAACGAUGAGGAAGAUCCAGAGAGAGAAGCCGGCUAAACUAAAGACUCUUAAAAUUCAGGAUGACAUUAUCAAAGUCGG